AUGUUCUCCGGGCGAUUUUUCGCUCUUUUUUUCGUUUUUUCUGUGGUGUCAGCAUUGGAUGCUGUGAUUGACUUGGGUUAUGCAAAGUAUCGUGGCCAGUCGCCUUCGAAUAGCACUGUUGAAUGGCUGGGGAUUCAAUUCGCUGCUCCUCCGGUGGGAGACUUGCGGUUUGCUGCACCUCAAGAUCCGGUGAAGAAGGAUGGAACCCAAUCUGCUAAUCAGCACGGCCCUAUUUGCAUCCCAACUGAAUCAUACCCCAUUCCUUCCGGCAGAUCGGAAGACUGUCUAUAUCUUGACGUCUAUGCUCCUGCCCAGACAGGAAAUGCUACCAAACUGCCGGUUUUCGUCUGGAUCCAGGGUGGUGGUUUCAACAGUCUUGCUGGCCCGAACUAUAAUGGGACCGGAUUGAUCAAAGCAGCGGACAAUGGCAUCGUGGUGGUCACUAUCAACUAUCGCGUUGGUCCAUAUGGGUUCUUAGCUGGGGAGGAAAUUAAGAAAGGAGGGAGUAUCAACAAUGGUUUAAAAGACCAAAUUAAGGCUCUGGAGUGGGUACAGAAGCAUAUCAGCAAGUUCGGAGGCGAUCCAAAACACGUCGUCCUAGGCGGUGCCAGUGCAGGAGCUGCAUCUAUCAAUCUGCUCCUCGGGGCGUACGGUGGAAGGAACGACGGUUUAUUCCACGGUGCUGCCAUGGACGCGUCAAGUUUCGCCAACAUGCGCAAUGUUGAACAAAGCCAAUUCAUCUACAACAACCUUGUCAUCCGAACCGGGUGCGCCAGCAAAAACGAUACUCUAGCAUGUCUACGCAACUUGGACAUCGCAGACCUCCAGCGCGAGAAUAUCAAUACUCCUCUCCCCAACGCCCAGAAUGCUCCGCUUUACGUGUACGGACCGACUAUCGACAACGACCUGAUCCCAGAUCUUACCUACCGUCUCUUCCACCAGGGCCACUUCAUCAAAGUCCCAGUGAUCUUCGGCGACGUCACAAAUGAAGGAACCCCAUUCGUACCCAAAGACACAUCCGACGUCGGUGACGCGGAUACCUUCAUCCAAAGCCAAUUCCCCCAAGUCAAACUCGAACACCUCGCCAAAAUCAACGAGCUAUAUCUCCAACCAAACCAAACACAAGACUUCCCAAACUCCGGCCCCUACUGGCGCCCAGCUAGCAACGCCUACGGCGACAUACGGUACACCUGUCCGGGGAUGGACAUGUCCACUGUCUUCGCCAAAGCCGGCGCCCCAAGCUGGUACUACAAGUACGACGUGCAAGAUCCAGAUACUGUCAAGUCCGGCGUGGGCGUUCCGCAUACAGCUGAUAUAAAUGCUGUCUUUGGUCCUGACUAUGUAUCGGGUGACCCCCCGGCUUCGUACCGGACUUCGAAUGCGCCGAUUGUCCCGGUUGUGCAGGGGUAUUGGACUAGCUUUAUUAGGAGCCUUGAUCCGAAUAAGCAUCGGCAUUCGGGGAGUCCUGAGUGGAAGGGCUGGGACAGCGGUAAGGGACAUCAACGGUUGUAUAUACGGACUGGUCAUACCAAGAUGGAGACUGUUUCGACAGGCCAGCGUGAAAAGUGUGAUUAUUUGGUGAGCAUUGGGGAGGCUUUGUGGCAGUGA